AUGGGUUCCAUCUCUCCAAGCCCACCAACCCUCGACGCCCUAAUAGUCGGCGCCGGCUUCGGCGGAAUCUACCAACUCAAGAACCUCCGCUCCAACAACUACACCGUGAAACUCGUCGACAGCGCCUCCGACUUCGGCGGCGUGUGGUACUGGAACCGGUACCCCGGCGCAAGAGUCGACAGCCCCGUACCGCACUACGAAUUCUCAGACCCAGAUCUGUGGCACGACUGGUCAUUUAAGCAGCGGUUCCCCGGUAGCCAGGAGAUAAGGGAGUACUUUGCGUAUGUGGACAAGAAGUGGGACUUGAAGAGGGAUGUGGAGUUUGAUACGGUUAUUGUUGGUGCGGUGUUUGAUGAGGAGAGGAGUGUUUGGAGGGUUACCAGUAGCAGUGGGAAGGUGUUUGUUGCGAGAUAUCUGUUGCUGAAUACGGGUUUUGCGGCGAAGAGACAUAUACCUGACUGGAAGGGGAUUGGGUCUUUCAAAGGGACAUGGAUCCAUCCUUCAUACUGGCCGAAGAAAGAGGACGAGCCGGAUCUGCGUGGGAAGAAGGUCGCUGUUAUUGGGACUGGGUCUACGGGCGUGCAGCUCGCGCAGGAACUCAUCCAGGUGGCGGGUGAAUUCGUGCUGUUCCAGAGAACGCCGAAUCUGGCUUUACCUAUGAAGCAGAUCAAUUACAACCAGGGCGAGCAGCAGGAAAUAGUCCCUAAGGAGUCAUAUCCGGCCUUGUUCGAUGGCCGGCGGGAGAGCUUCCCUGGGUUCGAUUACGGCUUCACGCCGCGGUGUACGUUCGAUGAUACGCCUGAAGAGCGAAAGGAGAUGUAUGAGGAGCUUUGGAAACAUGGAGACUUUCAUUACUGGCUUGCUUCGUACCAGGAUAUGAUGUUCAAUCAGGAGGCGAACAAAGAGGCCUACGAGUUCUGGAAGAGCAAGGUUCGACCCCGGAUUCAGGAUCCGAGGUUGAGAGAUAUCCUCGCUCCAGAGAUCCAGCCACAUGGGUUUGGGUGUAAGAGGAUUUCCCUGGAGAAUGGCUUCUACGAGAUAUUCAACCAGGCCAAUGUCUCACUUGUGGACGUCAAUGCCACUCCGAUACUGGAGGUCACCGAGCGAGGUAUCAAGACGACUGAGAAGGAGUGGGAGUUCGAUUAUAUUGUCUUCGCGACUGGCUUUGACGCCGUUACUGGCGGUCUGUUGCAGAUGGGUCUUCAGGGGAGAGGUGGCCAGAGUCUGCAAGAGAAGUGGAAGAAUGGCACCAAGACGUACCUUGGGAUGGCAGUCUCAGGGUUCCCAAACAUGUUCUUCACGUAUGGUCCACAGGCACCCACUGCCCUGUGUAAUGGGCCAACCUGCGCGGAGUAUCAGGGAGACUUUAUCAUUGGGGUCCUGAACCAUAUGAAGGAACGGGGUCUCGAGCGUAUUGAGGCUUCGGCUGACGCCGAGGACGCGUGGGGUGAGGAUAUCCGGAAGUUUGCCAGCGCUACUUUGCUGCCUGAGACGGAUUCAUGGUACAUGGGAGCGAACAUCCCUGGGAAGCUCCGCGAGCCUCUGGUCUACUUUGGGGGUGUCCCGAACUACUAUGCGACUCUCGAGAGCUGUCGAAAGGGAGGAUAUACAGAGUUUCAUCAAGUGUAA